UGAAAGCCGCACGGCGGCAGUUAACCCAUGUGCGCAUGCGCGCAGCACGAGUGCAAUUCUUACUUUUUUAUUUGAGCUUAUUUCCGCCGCUGUGUUGGGAUGUUCGAAUAACCGAUUAAUAAUUCGCCAAAGCCUUCUUUAUUUUUUCCACAUUUUUUAGAUGUUUCCCUUCAUGUGAGGAGUCGAGCGGCCGCGGUUGUUAUUUGCCUACGCUGGAGGAGUCGGAGUAUGUCGACAAAUAAAACAAAGAAAGUCAAAAUGGCUACUAAAUCUUGUCCUGAAUGCGACCAACAGAUUCCCGUGGCGUGCAAGUCAUGCCCGUGCGGUUACGUGUUUAUCAGCCGGAAGCUCCUCAAUGCCAAGUCAAACGAGUCCUCGCCGCCAAACGGAGCAGACAACCUGGACUCCAAGCGCAGGAGGACGGAGCGCAUCCGGAGAGACCGAAUGGAGUCUCCUUUAACCAACGACGUGGAGAACAGGAGGCGAGCUCGAGCCAACAGCCAGUCGGACCCCAUCAGGAGGGGGCGAGGCAGACCCAAGACGGUGGGCCUGAAAAAGCAGGACGAGGACAAAGACAAACAGGAGAAGGAAGUGGACGUCUACGCCGGCCUCUCGGACGAGAAGGCCUUCGUCUUCUCCGUGGCGUUGGCAGAGAUCAACCGCAAGAUCCUGGGUCAGACGCUCAUCCUGUAGGGACUUUUCAGGACGCGGCCAGAGGUCCACCAAAGAGAACUUGUGGAGAGACUGAUUGAGGGACGUUGAAUUUAGGACAGUGCGAAGAAGAGAGGACGCACACGAUGCCUGUUUUUGAAAUAAACUAGCAAUGUUUCAUCUUUAUGUCAACAAAAAGUCUUGUUUUCUUUCAUCACAGGAAGUUGAGCAAGAAGAUGUUUGACCAAAGGUAGAAGUAUUAGGACGUACUCACACUAGGACAUUCUAAUCCCAAACCCAGGAUUAACCCACUUACUCUUCUCUCCUUUUUGUGAAUUCCAACUAAGGUUGCAGCUAUCCAUUAUUUUAGUGAUCGAGUAUUGAUUAGUUGUUCGAUUAAUCAGAUAAAACACACUUUAUAGCCUCAGUGCGUAUUGUAGAGAUAAAUAGUGGAAAUAAGCCAAAUAUUUUUGUACUUUCCACUACCUUCUAUUCUCCUUGUUUUACCUUUUUAUUUACUUUCUUUUACCUUCUAUUUAACUUAUUUGAUCUUUUAUACUCCUUGCUGUACUUGUUUAUUCACCUUUAAUUUCCUUUCUUUUACCUUCUGUUAAACUUAUUUUACCUUAUAUACUCCUUGUUUUACUUUUUAUUUACCUUAUUUUAUCUUUACUUACUUUCUUCUACCUUCGGUUUAACUUAUUUUUACUUUAUUUACCUGUUACAUUCCUUGUUUGACAUUUUAUUUUACCUUAUUUUCUUUAAAAAUGUUUACCUUUACCUUCUAUACUCCCUGUUCUACUUUUUAUUUACCUUCUAUUGAACUCAUUUUACCUCUUGUACUCCUUGUUUUACCUUUUUAUUUACUUUCAUUUACUGUCUAUUUAACUUAUUUUAGCUUUAUGUACUUUCUUUAACCUUCUACUAUUUUUGUACCUUCCAUACUCCUUGUUUUACCUUGUUUUACCUUAUAUUUAACUUAUUUGACUUUUAUUUAAGUGAUUUUACUUUCUAUUUAACCUAUUAACCUUUAUAUACAUACUGUACUCCUUGUUUUACCUUAUAUUUAACUUAUUUGACUUUUAAGUGAUUUUACUUUCUAUUUAACCUAUUAACCUUUAAAUACAUACUGUACUCCUCGUUUUACCUUUUUAUUUACUUUCUUUUACCUUCUAUUUAACUUAUUUGAUCUUUUAUACUCCUUGCUGUACUUGUUUAUUCACCUUUAAUCACCUUUCUUUUACCGUCUGUUUAACUUAUUUUACCUUCUAUACUCUUUGUUUUACCUUUUAUUUACCUUAUUUUAUCUCUACUUACUUUCUUUUAUUUUCGGUUUACCUUAGUUUAACUUUAUUUACCUGUUACAUCCCUUGUUUCACCUUUUAUUUACUUUUACCUUAUUUUUUAUUUGUAUCUUUACCUUCUAUACUCCGUUUUACUUUUUAUUUACCUUCUAUUGAACUCAUUUUACCUUUUAUACUCCUUGUUUUACCUUUUUAUUUACCGUCUAUUUAACUUAUUUUAGCUUUAUGUACUUUCUUUAACCUUCUACUAUUUUUGUUUACCUUCCAUACUCCUUAUUUGACCUUAUAUUUAACUUAUUAUACUUUUAUUUACGUGAUUUUACUUAUUUAUUUUUUUUGGAUUGAUUUGAUUGAUUUUACUUUCUAUUUAACCUAUUAACCUUUGUAUACAUACACACUGUACUCCUUGUUUUAACUUUUGUUUACUUUGACCUUCUAUUUAACACAUUUGACCAUAUUUACUUUCUUUAACAUAUGUUACCUUCUAUACU